AUGCGUCUCCACCUUGUUAUCCAGCGCCACGGGUUGCCCGUCACGCGCAUCCUCUGGACAACGUCCCCGCCAUCGCUUUUCGGCCACAAUGCGCCCAGCGCGUCGUCCAUGGUGCCGGCCGCGGCGUCUGCCUUGACCUCGUCGCGUGUGCCUAAUGCGCUGUAUUCCAAUGGCGGCUAUACUAUUGCACAGUUGCUGGAGGAUGUCAACGAGGUGCUUCCGCUUGAGACGGAUCCCGCCUCGUUUGACGGUGAAUGCACUGGGCAGUGGGGCCUCGAGGACUAUGUGGUAGAAGUCGGAGGUUCUGAAUGUUUGCAUUUCAUGGAAGUCGAGGGCCUCCUCCGGGAUGGUGAUGAGGUCUUGAUCCGCGCCCUCCAAAUCUCAGACCUUCGCGCCAGGCGGAUGUCCGGUCGUCAUCAGAUAUCUAACGACGGAAAGCACUUAAUUGACGGUGUCCCGUUUGGAAAGCCGUUCCUGAAAAGACCUACAACCUCGAGACCCGCGAUCAAAAUCCCUCCAAGGAAGAAACGACGCACCAGCGUUGCAGGCUGGGACUAUGGAUCACGCUACGAAGAGGAAGAUGCGGAGUGGGCACCCAACCAACUGGGCUAUAACCAGGAGCUUUCUCUCUUCAAGGCAGAUGAUCAACUAGAGAGGAGAGAUGAACGUGCGGAAGCAUAUCAGGAUGACUACGCGGACUACCAUGAACCCGAUGAGGAUGGUGACGGAACUGUGAUCCGCCAUACCAUUGAUGAACAACGUGAUCAAACUUCAGAGAGUGACUCUGACAUGUCGAAUGUUGACAAUGAAGACUUGGCCGAAGAGUUGAAAGGUCUCGAAGAAGAUCUUGAUAUUUCCCCCAUGCCUGUGACAGAAGAUGAUGCCGAGCAGGCAGGCACCACGGGUUACCCACUGCGCUCGAGAAAGAGUACCUCUCGGACGGCCCUAAGAAAGAGUUCACUUGCUGAUCCGCUCAUUAAGAAGACUCCAGAUCUUGAUGGAGGCCGGAGAGAUUCGAAGGUGGUGACUUUUCAAGACCAAAAAGUGGAGCCGUCUGUGAAACAUAGUGCUUCCCCUGCCCGCAAGGCAAAGGUGUCCGAGAACGUCGUUCCGGACAAGAAGGAUCUGACACGCGUGGCCACCCCUGAACGUGAACUGGUAUUAGACCAUACGGUGAAUGCUGAUACAGUUGUUCAAGCCGACGCCACCCCACCCACCCCACAGACCGUAAUGCAAACUCAGUCAGCACUGUGCGCCAGUCCCGAGCAGCCCACCCGGUCGAAGGCAUCCACUCCAAAGGCUCCAGGUGCCUAUCAAGAAUCUGGUCAGUCUGAAUGGGCAGGAUCUAUGAUCAAGACGAAGCCAACGUCGGAGAGUUUGCCCGACUCUGCCUCCAAUGCCAGCGACAGCAGCUCAUCUGCGAGCGACAGUGACUCCAGCGACUCCAGUGACCCCAGCGACUCGAGUGAUGCCAGUGAUUCUUCAGACGAGGACUCAUCAGAAGGCCCUAGCUCUGAUUCCGAGGAUGAUUCAAGUUCCGACUCGGACUCAAAUUCUGACUCGGACUCCAGUUCAUCGGAGGAUGAGCUCUCAGACUCUGAAGCAGAUGAGCUGCGCACCAAGACCAUCCCUCCCGGAGCAGGGUCUUUGAGAACCAAGAAAAGCAAUCAGCGAAGCAAACUGCGACGCAGGCUGGCAAAGCUGAAGGAACUUGGCGCCUUGCCCCCACAGGCUGACUUUGCUACUCUUCGAGAAUGGGAAGAUAAAAAUGGACACUCAUACUACGUUCCGGAGGCCAAGCCGGAUGCCAAGCCCGACCCCAAAGAGCAAGAACGCGCGGAAUUUGAAGCCAAGCGACAGAAGCUGCUCCGCGAUCUGGAAUUAGGAGGGGUUGAUGUCACUGUCAUCUCGCAAAGCGCCCCGCAAAGUACCCAAAAUGAUCAGACGCCGGCUACCGAAGAAAUAGCCAAGGACGACGUCAAAGAAACAGGCGCGGAGCCUAGCAAGCGGCGGACUCUCGAUGUGGCGAGCUCUAGGAGGCUACUUUUCGGCUCUCUCGGUGUGCGGACACCUCGCACUAAAGAAGACGAGGAAGCCACUCGGAAAAAGCUGGCAGGGAAGCCCAGCAAUACUGCUCAACAUCAACAGCCAGCGAAACAAGACACGGCCGAAGAUCCCGAAAGUGAUUCGGACGAGAACUGGCAAGACAAGUUGACUAUCGGAGCUACCGAGUGUGUGUAUGACGACAUUGAGCUGAAACCUCCCCCCUUUCCAUUCGAGCAGCGCUGGGACACCGAAGCCGGCGAUCUUAUCAGACAGCGGAAAGGCUGGGGCAAGAAAAGAAAACGGCGGCAGCAGCUCCAAGUGUACAAUGGAGAGGAGGAAGAGUAUUGGAAUGGUGAUUACGGCUAUUCCACUGGCGACAUGCAAUUGGACUACGAUGACACCGAGCAGCCUAAUGGGCACAUGGAAGGGGUUGAGCAGACCGAAGUGAAUGGAAAUACUGCAGAUGAUCUGCCAGCUCUGCCCAAUGAUCCGAGCUCUCUGCAGAAUCUCGGCGAAGUUGAUUUGAAACGGAGUGCGAUCAUCGCCUUCAUGCAGCUGGACUUGUCUAAAGCCACGAACUGGCAACCUACUGUGUCCGGUUAUCGGGUAGCCGAGAUUCUCGACGUCUUUGAAGACCAGAUUUUCAAGAUCCGGCUAGCCAAACGCGACCGGAGACAAACCAGGGAGUCUGGGGACGACGAAGACGAUGGGGUUCAAUACAGUGGAUUUGAGAUGCCCGGGUUCGACGAGGAAGAGGAUGAUGGUUUCCGCGAGGUGUCGUUUGCCGAUCUGAUCAAUCCCAAGCUUCUCCGGGCUGCUGACGCUGCAGGUCUUGGGGAUGCUGAGGAACCCAGCAUCUCUCGCGCAGCAAAUGGGUCCUCUCCACGGGGUCCCAGUCCGGCUUCGAACGAGGCUCAAGCCACGCACGUCGGGUCUGGAGAUGGUCAGCCACCACUGCAAGAGAUGUCUGAGGAGCGGGCUGACCUGGAUAAGAGCCAGUUGAACGAUAAAGCGGCAGACACGGUGAACUCCAGCCCUGUCAGGUCACCGCAGUUUAUCGGAUUUGAGUCGCCCGGCGCGGAGUUGGCGCCUGCAUCGGAGGCGGGCCGCGGAGACGAGGUCUCGGGGGUUGCUUCGGAUCCAGCUGCAGGCCAGGACAUCGAGGAUGGCAAAGAAGGUCGGCAGCCCGACGCUGCUCUUCCGGAAAUCAAAGAUCCCCCAUCGACCUUACACCUUACCUCUCUCCCUGCUGACGCCGCCGAUGAUCCAACGCCCUUCUCCGAUGACGAUCUACAACUGAUCAGCAGUCCUACGAGCGUGGUUUCCUUCCACUGUUUGAUGCAGAAGUACUUCCCUGCCAUCAAGCGAGAAUCAUUUACCUCUUCUCCUCUUCCCAAGAAAGAACCCGGGGCCAGCCAGGCAAGGUCGCCCUCGCAGUCCUCCACCCAUUCGGUGGUACCCAAUCCGUUCUACGAGAUCGACAAGGCGCAGGAGGAGCGCCAGCGGCAACGGGACUCGCGAAAGGGAUCGCGCAACCAAGAUCUGGACCGCGGCGAGGCGACCACGGACCAUCUGUCUCUCGCCGGGUCCCCAUCCCCAAGCCCCCGCCGGUCUCGCAGUGCGGGAUCGCCAUUGCCGUCCCUAAUUAGCGUUGUCCCGGAGAGUGUGCAGCCGUUGCCUAAAGACUCCGGCCCCAGGUCACCGGCAUCACAGACAUCUCUAGUGGAUCUUACCUUGUCCAGUCCGCCCCAAUCACCUGGGGGGAGCGAUGAGGACUACGCACGAUCACAUCGGCUUCCGCGGGGGUCGGGAUGGGUGCAGAAGAACAUCCCUCCGACACGACGGCAGACGAGGCAGUCAAGUGGUCGCCGACGACGUUGA